AUGCCCAUAGCUGGCUGGGUGGCGGCUGAACCGUCGUUGCAGGGUUUGACGAAUGAAGUUCGCUCGGAUGUGAUUUGGAACCUGUACAUCGCAGCUGUUACACAGGCUGCAGAGGCCUUCCCAUUGGUCACUGGCGACCUUUCGACAUGGUCAGAGGUUGUAGCAGGUCUUCCCAUCACCUUCGUUGAACCAGAAGCAGCGCAGCCGCGUGGUUUCAGUACCAUUCAUUGGAAGUGCAUAGCCUUAGGUCUGUUGAUGCUGGCCGCCGAUUCGUGGGUGCGCUCAGGACGAACCAGAGUGUAUGUGUCAGUUGUCGGUGCUUCACUGUUGGGAUUGGGUUCAGUGCUUUGGUAUACAGGUGCAACUUGGUUCCUACAUAGCUUGAACACACCACAGCAUGGAAGACCUCACGUAGCAGUACAGCCAAGCCAGAUGGGGCCGAUCGAGAUAGACAUGCCGCCCCUAGAGACACUGAACACCCAAGGUUUGGGUGCAGGCGCAGACGGCCGAAAUGCAUUUGACACACCACCGCCUGGGGCACCCCCCUUGCCGACGUUGCAGAGCAAUGCUGGGGUUGGCGCUCAGGGAACAGAGUCGGGUCAGACAGGCAGCACCCAACAGUCAGUGCAAACAACGGGCUUGAGAAGAGUGCAGUUGUUGAACAGGGCUCCUUUUCAGCUGCUAGCAGGUCAACAGGGAACAGUGAAGAACACCAGUGCAGGUCUGCAUACCAUAGAACUCGACAGUGGCCUGACGAUUCAAAGUGUUCCCACUGAGGCAGUGUCAGAGGUAGUGGCUCAGACAAUGCUACCCGUGGCUACAGGAGGUGAACAUUAUGCACCUUACAGCCUCUCAGGGCCCAGUUCAAAGUUGCAGGCGCAAGCAGCGCGAAUCAGAGAUGCGAUCAGCAAAGCAGCAGCCCUCCAGAAUUCCACACCAGGCUGGGGGGCACUCUUCUGGCAAGCAGUCAAGAAUGAGAAGGAGAUAUACCAGCUUGAGCCAGAGAUGAGCCAGAGAUUAUCAACCUUCUGCAAAGUCACGGAUAUGUGGGUGACGAAACCAAAGGGCCUCCUCGUGCAGAAGAACUCAAGAGGAGGUUCAUUCGCCCGAGUUGCAGACAUCGGAGAGGGCUCCAACCCCGAGGACAUGGCAUGGCACCUCAAGCUCCCAGCAGAUUUGCAGAGAGCAGCCCCGGAGCUUUACCGCAACAUCAGGGCUGAGGGGUGCAGCUCAGUGAGGCAGUGGGUGAACGAUCAACACCCGACCUUGGAGUUGAAACAGAGCCCGGGCUACCAAGACCUGUUCAUGGCGGCGACCAUCAUUGAUUUUGAACUUGCAGGUUGUCGGUCAGAAGCAGCAGUGAUGGCCAAGCUGGGUACGUCAGAUACCCUGGAGAUCCACCUGAGGAAGUUGGGGUCCUUCAUCUACUUUCGUCGAACAAAGGACAGAACGGGAGCCAACAGGAUGUUGGGAGUCCGUGCACCUGGUGCCAAUGCUGAUAUAGCCCCCAAAUGGCUUCUGGACGAUGCCAAUGCCCAUUCGAAGCUAGAAUGGCAACGUUCAGAAAGGGGGAACAAGAUGAGCCGACAAGAUCAUGGGGGACAUGGCACUGGAGGAGGAGGACACACCAAAUAUGUCGGCAAAUUCCGAGGCACGUCGCAGCUGGUCAAGGUGUUGAACGCUCUGGCACAAGGUGCGGUGAGCACCAAGCUGACAUCGCCUGAAGCAGCACAGAAGUUGGGCCACGUGAAGGCCACGGUUGCCAGGUCUCUUGCUUUGCAGCGUCUACUCCAAAGUUUUGCUGCUACAGCACGGGCACGCCGGAGCCUCGGCUUGACAGGCGUCCAGACUUCGCGAGCGGUGGCGACAUUGUUGAAGCAACCCAUUGAUGAUCAGGGCUACAUGAGCUUCACGAAGGUCAAACAGGUGCCUCUUUCAGCCGAGAGCUUGGUUGAGCCAUCCAAUACAGGAUGUUUGGACAUGCUUGAGGCGUUGCCACAAGACGAUGCACUGUUUUACAGCAAAGAAGAGCACGUCAUCGACACAGCAGGUUCAGAUGGUGCAUCUGGGGUCGAGCAGACCUUGAGCCAUGUGAGAAGGCUAGAGUGCAAGAAGCAAAUACAUUGCACCAUUCGUGGCUUAGCAGAUUUGGAUGGCAUCAGAUGUCCAGGGCUGAGUGAAGACCAUCAACACGGACCAUCGAUAGGUCCCACAGGUGCACUGGCCAACCAGCACGACCAGGCGGCGCCCAGAGUGACUGCGUGGAGCACGUGGAGCGAACAGAGGCGUUGUGGUGCAGUGAUGCUGAAUGAGGCUGCAGUCAGACAACAGGCAGUGUUGAUUACUGAGCGACAGUCAGCAGCAUAUGUGCACGUGGAUGAUACAGUCUUCAUCAGUGAUUCCAAAAUGGGUCAUCAGAUACCCGGCGAGCUUCAGGCUUCCUAUGAAGAAGAUGCUACUGCUGAGAGAUUCCCUACACUUUGUGGCUGGCCGCAGACAGGUCACGUGCCUCAUGAGUUGUCACGUAGGGCCAAGCUGCCAAAGUGGAUUUUUGCAACAGAUGCUAUGGGGGCCAAUGAUUAUGACAACGGGGGAUAUGGCAUUGUCACCACUCGAGUGUCCACUUCAGAAGCAACAGAUUUGCUGCGACAAGGUGGAGCUGAAGGCAAGGCCAUUGCACGACUUGAUGGGACACAAGGGGCGAGAUAUCCGGAUAGAGCACUGAAGCCUACAGUGCCUUUCACCCUUCUGUCUGAUGAGCUUUUCGUGCAGUCGAGUCGAGCAGCUUCAGUGGAGCCCAAACUAGAAGAGAUGAGGCCGGACCUGCGACGCAAAGAGAACAAGUGGCUCCUUCCUCAACCACCGGAAGGGCUCACGGACUAUCAGCGCAGGGUCUGGCGCAACGAUCAGCUGCAGAAACUCGUAUCGCCCUCCUCCAGAGACGAAGUCGAAGUCAAGCGAUCCCAAAGAUCUCAGUCGGUUCCUCCGCCAAUACGUACCAGUCCGGCUCCAAAGGCAACGGCAAAGGCAGAGGCCGUUUGUUGCCGCAGGGCCGUGCGGCGCAGUCCAUCUUUGACUAGCCGGGUGCGAUGGUGGUGCUCAGCUGUGUUCAAAGGCAUGUCCGGGCUGACAGCCCUGCUUUUGAUGACGCUGCUAUCAGGUGAAGCUGGACCUAUUCAUCAGACUUCAAGAGUGAUUGGGGCAGUGGCAGACAUCAGUGAUGCCACGGCGGCUGCGGCUAUAUCGGCCAUCAAUGCAUCCAAUGCCAUGGCCACAGCAGCCACCACGUGGGUCGCGGCAGCAGCUUCUAAUGGCCUCACGGCUGGAGACAAUCUCUGGAGAGGCGUUGAUUUGACAAACAUUGAAGCUUCGCGCUGUGGUGAUGCCAUUGUGGCAGAUUCGGUGGAAGUGUUACACAAAUGGCUGGAUUCAGAUUUGGCACGAGCUCAUUUUCCAUGCCUCUCCGAGCCGCUAUCUCAACGCAUCUUAGCAGCAGCGCUGACCUUGCAAGAUGCCUUGCCCUAUACACAGUCUAUGGCAGAAGAUUUUCUUUUGACCAGGUCCUUUACUUCGCUCAAGGUUUCAGCGCAACAACUUGAGCACCACCGCAUUCGAGUGGCCUUUCAGGCCACGACACUGCACUACCAAGUGCGCUGGGCCAAUCCCAUGUGGGACGGAGUUGGCUGGAGCGUUGAACUUGAACGAACGAGACCAGAUUUUGCGCACGUUGCAACUUUUGUUGAUUGA